AUGAAAUUGACUGAUUCGUUCUAUUACGAAGAAACUCGUGGCCAAUGUGGACGUAAACUAUUACGUGAAAUUGGCGAACAACGUCUAACGAAAAUUCGUUUAUAUGCCUAUGAAAGUUGGCCUAAACCAGCACUUAUUUCACAUUGGACAAUAAAAACAGUAUGGUGGUCAAAAACAAAAUGCGAAAUUAUUGAACAACUGGGUCAUCGAACAAGUAUCACGAAAGGUCAUAUGAAAUGUUUGGGCAAGGGUCGAUUUGAAAUAACUGGACAAUUUCAACGUCAAACUGAUGCUUAUUUUCGUCUUAUAUUAUCAUCACAAGUAACUGCUGAUGAUAUAUCUGAUGGUUACAUAUUAUCAGGAGAUCUUGAACUCGGUGAUACAAAAGAUACAAUGCAACAAAGUCAUUUUGCUGUAGUGAAAUUUGAACAAAAACAACAUCAUAAGCACAGUUUAAAUGAUUAUUGUCAUAAAGCACGUCGUUUAUUAUUGCUUGGCUGUGUAUAA